AGCUGGUCAAGGAAAGGUUAUUACAAAAACAACACCCAUCUCCAAUAUGUCGGAACUUUCGGUGACUGUAGGAAUCCUAUCUAUUGGUGAGAUGGGACUGGGCAUCGCAAAACUGCUUAUUGCUCACAACUAUCGAGUGGUGACGAACCAUGAGGGUCGAAGGUGGGAUAAGCAACUUUCUUUGAAUAUAACUUCAAUUUUAUUCAGUUUUCGCCAGGAAAAUGGGAGUACCUGCUCCUGGAAAACAUAAUCUAUAGUCGAUGGAUUAUAAGCCAUUACACUAGGUCUUGCUUGUUGGAUUGUCUCAUGCACCGGCGCGAGAAACCACUGUUUAACACUUCAAACAAUUCAUCUAACCCCUUCUUAGCGAGGAUACCAAAUCCCGCGCAGCAACUGCUUCAAUUCAAGAUCUGGGCAGCGAUACCUCACUCGUCUCAGAAUGCGAUUACAUCCUCUCGAUAGUUCCACCCCGCGACGCUCUCACCACAGCCCAACGCAUCACGACCGCAUUCAAUGCCAUCUCACCUCCCAAAACAACACCCCUCUACUACCUCGACCUCAACGCCAUCUCACCUCGUAGCGCUCGUUCUAUCGCCACCCUCUUCACCACCAUCCCACCCAUCACCUUCCUAGACGGCGGCCUAAUCGGCGGUGCCCCUCGUCCCAAAACCUCCUCCAUCCCCUCCACCAACACAAUCCUCACCCAAUCCCCCGGCUCAGGAGGAUGGUCCAAACCCAGCAUCCCGAUUUCCGGGCCCUUACCCAAUUUGCUUCCGGCUUCUUGGACCGGACUCAGGGAGGUAUUGGGAUUGAAUCAUAUUUCGGAGGAUGUUGGGACGGCGUCGGGAUUGAAGUGUUGUUUUGCUACUACGACUAAGGGCUUCACGGCUUUAUGUAUACAGGCUUUUACGACGGCGGGGAAUCUGGGCGUGCUGCCUUUGUUGGUUAGGGAGAUGGAGGAGAGGGCGCCGGGGAUGUUGAGGAGUGCGAGGGGGGGUGUUGUGAGUAUGGCGCCUAAGGCUUAUCGGUGGGUUAGGGAGAGUAUGUAUUUCUGCUUUGUUAUUUUUUUCGUCUGCGAUUUCUGGACGUGCUUCUUGUCUCCACGAAGCUAACGCCUAGCUUGACUUUAGUGGAAGAAAUCUCUCAAACUCAUUCCGAGGAAGGAAACUUCUCUUCUUCUACUGAGUCUCGAGAUACCUCCCAUGGUAUUUUCCACGAGAUUGCUGAGCUUUAUCGUACAGUUGCCGAAGACACCGUUUUGGGAGAGGAGAAAACGGACAAGAGGAAGAGGGGGUUGGAUGUUGAGGAUGUGGCUGCUGCUAUGGGUGAGGGUCUGAAAGAAAAAGCAAAGAGAGCAAGGAAGGAGUAAAGGAGAUGGUAAAUGUAUUUACUCUGGUGGUAAUUUGAGUUUCAAUGUUGAGGAAUAUGGAUGUGCGUGAUAUAAAAUGUGAUGAGGUUGUUUCUGG